GCAAAAGAGAGAGAGAAUCCUCGGAGAGGAGGGCGCCUUGUGGCAUGGCAACUUCACUGCUAGGGCGAGCAAGAGAAAGGUUUUAAGGGCAUUCGCCCCCAACAACCUCGGAAGCUGCAGGGAUUAUUCCUCUCCCUCCCUGGAGAACUGGACUUUCCGGGUGGAAAAAACAGGCUCCUGCUUUCACUCUCAGAAAGAAAGAGAGAAUAUUUCAAAAGCUAGAGAAAACUUCUUUUUAACCCUUCAUUUCUUGCAGGAAGAACCGCGCGUGGGCUCCACUCCCUUGGCCAUGCUCGCCGCCACUUGCAACAAGAUCGGCAGCGCCAGCCCUUCUCCCUCGUCGCUCUCCGACGGCGCCUCGGCCUUCGCCAAGGGCUUCCACCCGUGGAAGCGCUCCUCGUCCUCCUCUUCCUCCUCGUCCAGCUGCAACGUGGCCCUGGGCUCGGGCUUGGYGCGCAAUGGCUCUUCCUCGGCUCACGCGGCGGCGGCGGCGGCAGCAGCGGCGGCAGCGGCGGCGGCCUUGGUCUCGGACUCCUUCAGUUGCAGCGGCGGCGGUGGCGGCGGCUCUUCCCCGGGCUCCAGCAGCGCCUUCUCGCUCACCUCCAGCGGCGCCGCUUCGGCCUCGCCUUUCGGCAACGACUACUUCCAGACGGGAGGCGGAGGCGGCGGCGGGGGAGGAGGAGGCGGCGGGAACGGCGGCGGAGGCGUGCAGGAGCCGCCGGUCUUCCUGUCCAAGGUGCACCCUUCCGUGGACGGGCUGCAGGGUUUGUACCCGCGCGUGGGCAUGGCGCACCCUUACGAGUCGUGGUUCAAGCCCUCGCACCCGAGCGAGGCGGGCGCUUCCAGCUGGUGGGACGUGGGCGCCGCCGGGUGGCUCGACGUGCAGAACCCCAACGGGGUCCACCCCGCCGCCGCUGUGGUGGGACUCCAAGCCGGCUCCCUGCACUCCCCGUUAGGCGCCUACAACUCGGAUUAUUCCACUUUGGCGGGACAUUCCGCCUUCAGCCCGGGCGCGGCGUCCUCCUCCUCGCACCUCUUGGGCGGGCAGCACCUCAUGGACGGCUUCAAGCCCGUGUACCCGGACGCGGCGCCUUCCCCUUUGACCGCGGGCUCCGGCGGGUCUCUCAUGGGAGUGGGCGGCGGUCCGGGCGUCUCUCCGCGCUCCUCCUCUUCGUCCUCCUCGGCGAGGCGCUACUCGGGGCGCGCCACGUGCGACUGCCCCAACUGCCAGGAAGCGGAGCGGCUGGGCCCGGCCGGAGCCAGCCUCCGCCGCAAAGGCCUGCACAGCUGCCACAUCCCGGGCUGCGGGAAGGUCUACGGGAAGACCUCGCACCUGAAGGCGCACCUGCGCUGGCACACGGGCGAGCGGCCCUUCGUCUGCAACUGGCUCUUCUGCGGGAAGCGCUUCACCCGCUCCGACGAGCUCCAGCGCCACCUCCGCACCCACACCGGCGAGAAGCGCUUCGCCUGCCCCGUCUGCAACAAGCGCUUCAUGCGCAGCGACCACCUCAGCAAGCACGUCAAGACCCACAGCAGCGCCGGCGGAGGAGGAGGAAGCGGAAGCGGAAGCGGGGCCGGGGUCUCCGUCAAGAAGGGCAGCGACACCGACAGCGAGCACAGCGCGCCCGGAAGCCCGCCUUGCCACUCGCCCGAGCUGCUCCCGCCACCGCCGCCGCCCGACGCGGGCCAUAGGAACGGCUUGGAGUGAAACGCCCACGCGGGGGGUUUCAGUCCCGAGAGGAACUCCCUCCUCGCCCCGCUUCCACUUUGGGAGCUCUCCUGCCCUUCUUUGCAAGAGGAAACUCGCUCCUCCUUCUUCCCCGACGGUUUGCCUCCUCCAAAUCCCCUCUCACGCUGUUUAUGGGGAUUCGAGGGCCAAAAGUGACUGAUCCCCCCCAAAAAACCAAGGGCGGGGAGGAGAUCGAAGCCCCAAACUUGCUCCCCAAGUGACUUCCCAACUAGAGAAUGGCACCAAGGACAAGAUAUUUUUGAGAAGGUGCUUCUCCAAGUUUGUUUUGGCAUCCAGUUUUGGGGGGAAGGGGCAAAAAAGUACACCCCGAAAGUACUGUAAGAGAAUUGGCCGUCUACAGACUGGAGCUCACUCCCUUUAGCGGAUUCGAACCCGCAACCUUCAGGUCAGCAAUCCAACCUUCGGGUCAGCAGUCCAGCCGGCACAAGGGUUUAACCCAUUACGCCACCGCGGCUCCACAACAAAGUUGGUGAAUGGGAACUUCUGAGGAGGUGAAAGGGGUGGGGAGAGAGGCCCAGGUCUUCUUCUUUUUCUUCUCCUGCUGAAAGCACUUUUUUUGAAUGAGGACACAGUCAAGGAAGCGCCUCUCCCGCCRCAGAUGGAUUUCAAAGGGAAGCGCCCGGGAGGCUUUUCAAGGUUUCUGGGAAAUUGCAUCCUUCAACGCCCCCCCCCCCCUUUCCCCCUUCUUUUUGUUGGGAUGAGCUUGGAGUCGAUGAGAGAAGUUCGAGUAUCUGUGUGUACUUGGGGGAAACAAAUGCUUGCGGGUGGGUCGGUAGUUCGCUCSUUCCACGCGAGUUUUCUAAACCUUUGACACCAAUGGCAAGUUAAGUGGGUUUGGGAGACUUUUCCUUCCACACAGCCAUAUAACUCAGGCCCCUUCCACACAGCUGAAUCAAAUCCCACAUUUUCUGCUUUGAACUGGAAUAUAUGGCAGUGUGGACUCAGAUAAUCCAGUUCAAAGCAGAUCUUGUGGGUUAUUCUGCCUUGAUAUUCUGGGAUAUAGGGCUGUGUGGAAGGUCCCCCUACCCCAGAAUAUCAAGGCAGAAAAUCCCAAAAUAUCUGCUUUGAUCUGGAAUAUAUUGCAGAUAACCCAGGGCCCUUCCACACAGCCCUAUAUCCCAGAAUAUCAAGGCAGAAAACCCCACAUUAUCUGGGUGUGGACUCGGAGAACCCAGUUAAAUGCAGAUGUUGUGGGAUUUUCUGCCUUGGUAUUCUGGGAUACAGGGCUGUGAGGAAGGCCCCCCAGAAUAUCAAGACAGGAAAUCCCACAAUAUCUUCUUUGAUCUGGAAUAUAUGUCAGAUAACCUAGGACCCUUCCACAUAGCCCUUUAUCCCAGAAUAUCAAGGCAGAAAACCCCACAUUAUCUGAGUGUGGACUCAGAUAACCCAGUUUAAAGCAGAUAUUGUGGGCUUUCCUGCCUUGACAGUCUGGGUUAUAUGGCUGUGUAGCAGGGGCCUGAGGCUGUAAUCCCAGAUUGAGUUGAAGGGGCUGGAGAGUGAAAUCUGCAAAGGGAAUAGGUUACACUUCCUCCUGAGUAAAUGAGUAUCCGAAGCCACUUUCGCUUUGAGGCCGGAAAGGCCAUAAGCAAGUGUAGACAAUUCCAAUGGCUCUAGUUGAAACAGGGUGGGCUUUCUUCUACCUUGAAGUAUUUGUUCAGAUUGAUGUGUGUUUACUCCUCAGCAAAUCCAGACGCCAUUUACUUCAGAGGCCCCUUCCACAUCUGAAUAAAAUCCUAUAUUAUCUGUUUUGAACUGGGAUAUAUGUCAGUGUGGACUCAGAUAACUCCGUUCAAAGCAGAUAUUGUGGGGUUUUCUGUCUUGAAAGUCUGGGGGCCCUUCCACACAGCCCUAUAUCCAAGGCAGAAAAUCCCA